AUGGUCGGCUUGCCUGCUCGAGGCAAAACAUACAUUUCACAAAAAGUGUGCCGUUACUUGACGUGGUUGGGUAUCAAGACCAAAGUAUUCAAUGUCGGUAACUAUCGACGCCAGUUGCAUGGUGCCAACCUGCCCCACACAUUCUUUGAUCCACACAACGCUAUUGGAGAACAACAACGUCGAGAGGCAGCCGCUGCUGCAUUGGAGGACAUGAUGCGAUGGUUUGACGAGGAGCAAGGCAUUGUGGCUAUUUAUGAUGCAACCAACAGCACUUAUCAACGACGCAAGUGGCUCCAUGACGAAUUGACUAGCAAAGAUAUCCUUGUGCUUUUCAUUGAAUCCAUCUGCCAGGACGAAUCGCUCAUUCUCGCCAAUAUCAAGGAUGUCAAGUUAUCAUCACCUGAUUAUGUCAAUAUGGAUCCCGAUGCAGCAGCUGUGGAUUUCCGUGCACGUAUUGAUCACUACCAAGAUUCUUAUCAAACCGUCACCGAACAAGAUUACACCUAUAUCAAGCUUAUCAACGUCGGCAGUCAAGUCAUUAUCAACAUGAUCCAAGGCUAUCUCGAAUCAAGGAUUGUGUAUUACUUGAUGAACUUGCAUAUCGCCCCACGCAAAAUUUACUUUAGUCGGCACGGCGAAUCCAUGUUCAAUGUGAAUGGCAAAAUCGGCGGCGAUUCGGAGCUUUCCCCGCGUGGAAGACAAUAUGCAGCACAACUUCCAGGUUUAAUCCAUGAGCAUUUGGGUGAUCAAAGUUUGACGGUUUGGACAUCUACCAUGAAGCGUACGAUUCAAACGGGUGAGCUUCUCAAGUAUCCUAAGCUGCAAUGGAAGGCCUUGGAUGAGUUGGAUGCUGGUGUAUGCGAUGGAAUGACAUAUGAGGAGAUCGAGGAAAAGUAUCCUGAGGAUUAUGCCAAUCGUGACGAAGACAAAUUCAACUACAGAUAUCGAGGAGGAGAGUCCUACAGAGACGUUGUCCUAAGAUUGGAGCCAGUGAUCAUGGCAUUGGAACGACAUGAGAACAUUUUAAUCAUUGGUCAUCAAGCAAUUUUACGAUGCAUCUACGCGUAUUUCAUGAACUACAACCAUGAAGAUUUGCCAUAUAUCAACAUUCCACUGCACACUGUGAUUGAAUUGACACCAAAGGCUUAUGGAUGUGAGGAAAAACGAUUCAAGGUUGAUAUUGAUGCCGUGGACACUCAUCGACCCAAACCAUCAAAGACGGCAGCAGCUCAUCCAUCUGCAUCAACAUCCACUGGCCAUCAAAAGAAGCCUAGCUUCAAGGCAAAUGCAACAGGAGACAACCUCUCAAUCAAAUUGCCUGUGGGCGCUAGUGGUGAAAUUGUCAAAGAUGCCAUGAGUCCGAUCCUUCCUAUCAGCCCAAAGCUUUAUCCACGUGGCGUGUCAAUCAAAGAUACCAACAACAAAUCAUCAACAUUGGCUACGGCUAACAACAAUAACGCACCAGCAACUGAUGGCGAAAUGGCUGCUCUUGAUUUAGGAGAUGCUGCAAUAGAACACAACAACCAUUAA